AUGCUUCAAGAAUUUUUCGAUUGGGCAUUAGCACAACCAAAUGUAUGGUUUGUAACUCCGCAACAGCUUCUCACCUGGAUGAAAGAACCUGUUCCUGUUCCUGCAAGUAAACUCAAAGAUUAUGCUCCAUUCAAAUGCCAAGCUCCAAAGAUUGACAAGAAGAUUUGUAAUGGUUUAACUGACGAUGGUCUUUUAGAAACCUGUUCUUUCCAAAAUGGUUCAUGGAGUACAUGUUAUGGUUGUCCAAGCAGUGAUAUUACUGUCGCUAAUCCUGUCCCUUCAGGUAUGUCUGCAAAAAUAUUCAUUCGGUUGCCACGUGUACCAAUGUCGGGUCCUAAUCAAGCUUCUCCAAACGGCUCCAAUUCUACCAGCAACGGCAGCAACGGACAAUCCAAUGGUCAAAAAUCUGAUGCUAGUUCGUUACUAAGUAGCCCCGUUUUAGUGUUAGGAUUAAUAGCCUUUA